GGCCGGAAGCGGAAGUGUUGAUCGUGAGGGGAUGGCGGCGGCGGUGUCGGCCCUGGGCGGUUUGGGGGAUCCCGAUGGCGGGGGCUCGUCGGGCUCGGAGGACGAGGCGAGGCCGGGCGCGGCGGCGGCGGCGCAGAAGCGGGAGGAGCGGCUGCGCAAGUUCCGCGAGCUCCAUAUGAUGCGGAACGAGGCUCGGAAGCUGAAUCACCAAGAAGUGGUGGAAGAAGAUAAAAGACUGAAAUUGCCACCAAACUGGGAAGCCAAAAAAGCUCGGCUGGAGUGGGAGCUGAAGGUGGAGGAGAAAAAGAAGGAAUGUGCAGCCAGAGGAGAAGACUACGAGCGGGUUAAGCUGCUGGAGAUCAGCGCUGAGGAGGCCGAUAGAUGGGAAAGGAAAAAGAAGAGGAAAAAUCCAGACCUAGGGUUUUCAGAUUACGCGGCCGCGCAGCUGCGCCAGUACCAGAGGUUGACCCGGCAGAUCAAACCCGACCUGGAGGAGUAUGAGAAGCUUAAGGAGCAGUAUGGUGAGGCCCUUUAUCCCACGUCUGACAGUCUUCUCCAUGGAACUCACGUGCCCUCUAAGGAAGGAAUUGACAGAAUGGUGGCAGAUCUUGAGAAGCAGAUCGAGAAGCGCGAGAAGUACAGCCGCAGGCGCCCGUACAACGACGACGCCGACAUCGACUACAUCAACGAGCGCAACGCCAAGUUCAACAAGAAGGCAGAGAGGUUCUAUGGGAAGUACACAGCCGAGAUCAAGCAGAACCUGGAGAGAGGCACAGCUGUCUGAGCCCUCCUCUCCAGCCAAGCGCAGCCCACAGCAGCUCUGCAAGGUUUUGCAGGUGAUUUUCUAAGUUGUAUCCAAAAAUGCUUUGUAAUUUGUAAAACCCAUGGAAUAUUCCACGUAGAAGUGAUUUGCCUACAACUUCAGCUGCACACAGCUUUUAGCUGUGGAAGUGACCAGCUUGUACAGUGUCAUCUUCUAAAUAAAGACAAACUCUGUCACUCAAUCUAGAAUAAAACUUGUCUCCGUUCUUCAGUA